CACACACACACACACACACACACACACACGCACACACACACACACACAGACAGACACACACACACACCAGCCAGCCAGCCAGCCAUGGACGCAGUGGUGCCGUCGACAGCGGUGCUGAAACGAUUGCAAGCAGCGAAGGAGCACGCGGAACAGAAGCAGCAGCAGCAGCAGCAACAACAGCAACAGCAGCAACAACAACAACAGCAACAGAAGCAGGCACAACAUAGACAGCGUGGGGCGGAAGCAGAGGAGAGAGCGCCACGCCUGUUCCCGCAGUUCUUUGCGAACGCAAAGGAAGAGAGCGUGUUCGAGGCCCUGUUCAAGAAGUGGCGGGCCACCAUCGACGCGCACCCGUCAUAUGCGACCAUCCCUCGCUUCUUCUUCGGACCGCGCACCGCCAGCUCGCAAGCCAAGCCGGUCAUUCCAACAGCGAGCAGCGCCACAAGCGGCGACAGCGAGGCUCACAAGAAGGCAGCCCAUAAGAAGGAGGCCCACAAGCAGAGGCACCAUGAUACGCAAUCCAGCGGCACACCAACCGCGGGCGACGCUGCGCAGCGGCUGCUGAGGGAAACGGCACACAGCUACCAGCUCCUGACGCGCCACGACCGCAGCAUCACAAACGACGAGCUGCAGUUUGUGUGGGGCGUGCUGCAAGAAGAGGCUGGCGACAAGGAAACGCUCACGUACGCGCAGUUCAAGCUGUGUGCACAGCGCGUGGAGGAGGCCACGCCAAAGUUCACCGCGUUCUUCGCGCCCAACACCUUCCUUGCGCUAUGCAAGGACCGGUACAACAGCGUCUCUAUCAACCACUUCUUCGACCUGAUCAUGUACGUGGUCAACUGGAAGCAGCGCUACCUGGCACUGUGCCAGUACGCGGAUGACUCUGGCGAGUUCAUUGCCGAGGACGCGUUGAGUGACUUCAUCGCCGACCAGCUUGGCGACAUGCCUGCGCUCGCCAACCUGGCCGACUCCUUUGUGGAGACGUACCUUGUCUAUGCCAGCCGCAAGUUCGUCUUUCUGCACGACCUCAAGAACAAGAAGAUGCGCGUGAAGGACAUUCUUGUAUCUGAAUCGAUGGAGGAGUUCUUCGAGCUGCGCCAAGAGCCGCACACCAUCCCUGCCCCGCGCCUGCAGAACAACUGGUUCAGCAUCCCCACCGUCCGCGACAUCCACGCAGAGUACAUUCGCCUCGACGCCGACGAGGAUGGCAUGCUCUCCAAGCAGGAGAUGUUGAAGUUUCGCAAAGGGUCAAUCAACCCGAUGGUCAUUUCUCGCAUCUUCGAUGUGUACAAGACGUAUGGCGGCAAGCUGGACUUUCGCGCCUAUUUGGACUUUGUACUUGCGCACUGGAGCAUCCAGACACCGCAGGCCAUCCGCUAUUUCUUCCGCUUGUUGGACUUGGAGCACCAGCACCGCAUCACCCCAGCCAACCUCUACCACUUCUUCCAGGGCAUGCAGCGCCAUCCUCAACUCCGGGGGUUUGAGUACGCGUCGUUUGAAGACAUUCGCACAGAGAUUAUUGAUAUUGUGAAGCCGAAGAAUGUUUUUGGGAUCACGCUUGAUGAGCUGAUUGCGUGCGGACGAGCGGACCACGUGCUGCUGAUGCUUAUUGACGCAAACUACAUCUUUCACAACGAGAACCUCGAGGAACCACAGCCCACGGAGGGCGAUGGCACCGAGGUGGAGGAAGACACGCCCCCUCUUGGCGAGGCGUGAGUUGACGCGCACUCCCACGUGCUUGCAAGCAUUUAAUGAGUUAUUGAUGCUGCUGUUCAUGUCGAUUUCCGCGCUGUAACGGAUGCAUGUAUCAUAUUGUGCAAAGAAGCCACCACCUCGCUUAUCGAUUCCUUGUACAUAACAACUGUUACACAUUGGUGCCGUGUGUGUGUGUGUGUGUGUGUGU